AUGAUGUCUUCCUCUUCGACAGAGUGGGAAGUGAGCAGUCUCACCGUGAAUACUGGUACAGCAGAUGGAGCCACUGACGCGCUUUAUGCCAACGGAAGGAUGCAAGUGCCAGUUUAUGUUUCCAUCAGUGCUAUUGAUCCGGACAAGAAUGUUCCUUACAGCUUGACGGAAGCUGAGCUGGAAUCUAUCAAGCUAGUGGAUUACUACAGCACAAGUACUGAACUGUCGGGUGACUGGGUCUAUUCUACUCUUGAAAAUGGAUUUGCCCACUCGGGGACUACGUCACCUUCUCUACGGAGUACCUCUCAAUCCAUAAAGUUUUGGGUUUCCACGUCCAAAGUCGAGAAGAAGAACAUCGCUGCUAGUGUCAAGCAACCUGAUGGGAAGAUCGUCACUACUCAUGAAAGUGGCUUUGAUUACCAUGUCACUCUUGUUGGAAACCCACCAAUCAACUAUACAACCGACAACAUCACAAUCCAAGAUACCAAAAGUGGUGAUGGCAGUUCCGCGUCAUAUUCAUGGUCGCUAUUGAAUUACUAUAUUUCCACCAAUGAUCAUGAUCUUAUUAAGGCCGACCUCUUCAUUGAACAAGCCGAAUCGCUUUUUUACAACUCGGAAAAUAUGGUCGCUAAUUUAUACACGGCUUCGAAACCUUCGUCAGUGUAUAAUCUCCUAUAUGUGUGGGAGUAUGGUGAUCAGGCGACAAAACUCCUUGGUCCUUUGAAUUUACUGGCGGAGACUCCAGCUGUUACAGUCAACGACAAGAAAAAUAAUCUCUGUCUUACCAUGAUGAAUCUUACCUAUACCUAUGUUCGCGAAAACGAAGUUUUUAUUAGGGGAAAUCAUUUUACGCUAUACGACAUCUACGGAAACAGCGGGAAAUUCAAAGCCGAGCUAACAAACGAGGGGGAGGUUGUUAUUCACAACAUGCAAGACUGA